UCUAAGACCAUGGCGACCUUGAGCAUUGGCGAUCUCCCGUCGGAGCUGAUUCUUUCCAUCAUGGAGCACUUGCCAAACAUAGCCACAUUAAACGACUUUAUCCUCUCCAAUAGGAGUUUUUACAACAUUUUUAACAACCACCCAGCGGGUAUCAUUUUAUCCGUUCUCAAGAAUGAGCUCGGCGAGGACCUCUUUAUUCAUGCCAUUGUCGCACACCAGGUCGAGAAGCUGGGUGUGAAAUUGCCAUGCUUUACCGACUUGUCGAUGGAUCAGAUCGACUCCGAAGUGGCCAAUUUCCGAGGGAUACGGGACCAGGCCUUUAUCUUACAGCAUUCUGGCCCUGGAUACUCAUCUAUCCCAAUCAGUCUUCAAGAUGCCCACAGGAUCUCUUACUUGUGGAACAAGAUAUCCCAGCUAUCAGCCGCAUUUGUGAAAGACUGCAUUCUCGGCCUGGGACGUUUAUUUCGCCCCUUAUGGGACUCUGUUAAACGGCGACCAGUGUCGGUUGACGAGAUGAGGAGGAUUCGACAGUCGAUGUACAUGUUCCACAUCUUGUCCAUCUUUUGCAAGGACUUAUUCCUGGAUGUUCAAGUCAGCCAGAACAACCAGAUCAUUCAGCACAAGGUCGAUGCCUGCGUGGAUAAGAUUUCGAAGUUGCAGCGCAGUCUUGUGGAUGGAUUGACGGCUCCUUGGGAAUUGUGCCAGGUUAUUACCUUGCAGGCGUGGUUUCGUCGGCAGCUGCGUGAAUUAGGUAAGUCUUUAACCCUGCCCAUCGAUAUAUACACAUAUAUAUAUCACCAUCUUUGUGUUCUUAUGGAAUGGUUUGGCUGA